UUAGUACACACAUAUGUGUAUACAUAAUGUGAAUAUAUAACAUAGUAACCCUUAGCAACCCAACUGUUGUGUUCCUAUGGAAGCAAAUUGUUUGAUAUUCUUCUCUGUACAGAGUGUAUACAAAAAAGUUUUUACCAUUGUUUCUAUGGUUAUUUUCCAUACAAAAUGAAUAUGAAAAUGAAUAAAAUAAGCUGUGAUAAAGUAGAAUGUGUGAAUGGCAUUAUUGACAACUUAAAUCCUGAUAAGAAUGUAACAGAAGAGGAAUUUCAGAAUUUCAUGCAUCGUGUCACCGAAGUAGAGAGCAUUGUGAAGAAAUUAGCAUCUCACAACCCGGAGGAGCAAGAAUGUGGAAGGAUAUUAGCUGACAGGAUCUUACAGAAUAACACUCAAAGAGAAAUCUACGAAGAUGUAGAGAUCAAGGUUAAAGCCAAUCGAUCGGUGAUCAAUAAGUACUCCAUGGAGGAAGAUAACUCUAAUGAUCCAAGCAAGAUAUCACAAGAAAUCUUCAUGAAGAAUGUGGAGGACGACGCUAAAAAGCGGGCUGAAGAUCGCAAAGCCAGGAACGAGCGAGCAGAGACCUUGAAGAGAAUCGCGAACGGUGCAUUCAAGAUGGGCGAUUACGAGAAAGCUAUAACUUAUUACAGCAAAGCGUUGGAACAGCGCAAGGACUCUUCUGUGUUAUGGAAUAACCGAGCCUUAUCGUACAUGUACCUCGGCUUGUUCGAGAAGGCGCUGCACGAUUGCGAAUGGGCUUUAAAAGUGAACGACUCGAAUCUAAAGGCUCUCCUGAACAGUGCCAAGUGUCAUAUGCAUCUUGGGAACAAGGAGAAAAGUCGAGAAUAUAUACGUACUGCCAAGGAGAGGAAUCCUCACUUCAAUAAGUUCAUCGAAGAAUUCGAGGAAAAUCUAGCAAGAUCUCUUUUAACAAGUUCAACAUUCGUGUAAAUAAUGAUAACGAAGCACGGCAGAUUCUCUUUCUGGGAGAAGUAAAAUCUAUUAUUACGUUAACGUAUAAAAUGAUACAAUU